GUGGCGCAACAUCCUGUGACAGAACUUUCAUGACUCUGCGUGUUUCAUCACCGCCACCAUCAGCACCACCGCCGUCACCACCACCACCACCACCGUCACCACCGCCGUCACCACCACCACCGUCACGUUCUGCUUCACAGCUUCACGCGGAAACAACUCGUUCCAUCACUCUCUCUCUCCUGCCUCUCUCGUCUCACUCUCUCUCCUCGACUCGCAGAAGAAGAGGAAGGUUGAAACAAAAAUGGCCGACAACAAUGGCGUCGGCAGCACUCGGCCUGAGCAGCAGGGCGCAGGCUCCGUGUUCCUUCCGAGCCUGAACUUCUCCUACCUACGUUCACUCCUCGGCACAAUUGCUCUGGGCGAAUUGAUAUGCGGACUGCUGGCAUGGUCCCUCGUCGCCUCCACCCCCUACUCGGUCUUCGCCGCCUACAAGUGGGUGCUGUUCGUGACCGUCUUCUGCUGGGUCGUGACGUUGCUCCUCGUUGCCUACCAGUCGUUCGCCUUGCCCGUGCACUGCCUCAGCGUGUCCUGGCCAUUGUUUGUCCUGUGCCUGGAUUCCCUGUCGGCGGUCAUGUAUCUGACGGCGUUCAUCACGGACGCAGCCUCGGUGCAGUUGGCAACGGGCGUUCCUUUCAUCUACAACCGCUGGGCAGCUUCGACGUUCUUCGCCCUGCUCUGCACGUUGCUGUACGCGGCUGGCUCCUACCUGGGCUGGCUCGAGUGGAAGAGUGGAGGCGACUCGGGAGCCAUAGGCAGCAGCAGUGGCCACGGCAUCAGCGACGAGCCAGCACCAUACCAGCAGUGACCAGGGGGCAGGAGGGGUGAUGGUGAUUGUUCCAGAGCCAGAUGAUGUGUGUGUGUGUGUGCUGUGUGUGCUGCGGUGAUGAUUUGUGAUGUGUACUGUGCGCUCUGAUGGUGUCUGCUGUGUGUGUGCUGUGUGUGCUGUCUGUGCUAUGAUGAUGUGUGAGAAUUGGGGGCAACGUUCAUAUACGGUGUUUUAACAACAGUUGUGACUUUCUUUUUUUUUCUUCCCGCUGGCAUUGGGGCUCGUGCUCGAGCUAGUCUAGGGUUGGUGUUGGAGCCGGUGUUGGGGCAAUGCUCUGGCUAGUGCUAGUGGUAGGGUGGGGCUAGGGUGGGUUAGGGCUAGUGCUAGGGGAUGGAUAGUGUUAGGGCUAGGUUAGGGCUAGUGCUAGGGUAGGGCUAGGUUUGGGCUAGUGCUAGGGUAGGGAUAGUGUUAGGGCUAGGUUUGGGCUAGUGUUAGGGUAGGGCUAGGUUAGGGCUAGUGCUAGGGUAGGGCUAGGUUUGGGCUAGGAAGCACGUGUUGCACCAUUAUUGAGGCGCUAUGUAUCUUCUGACUUGUCGCCUGGCUCACAGGCCAAUAGGGAGCAGCCGGGAGAGUGAGUGGGAGGUGGUUGACCUCAGGUAACCCCCCCCCCCUUAGUGCCCCGUGACAGGAGGUAGAGACCCCAGACCCCCAAGGGGUGGGGGCUGGGGGCUAAAGGUUCAUUCCCGACCCUUCGAGAUCCGUCUGGAAGGUUCGAUGGAAGGUGUGGCUCGGGGCGGGGUAAGUCCCAACUCAAUUCUAGAUUUGAAGCUUUCGUAACGGCAAAGAUGCAUACUCUUUGUUUUUUUCGGUAAAGCCACGUCGGUAAAAAAAAAAAAUCAAAUCAAUGAAAACAACGAAAUUAAAUUACGACGUUUCGGGCGCAACACAAGCGUCCUCCUUCAGGUGGGGACAACGUAGCGAAAGCACAAACCGCUUAAGUGUGUCUAAGAGAUUGCUGUGACGAGGAAGCCCCAAAUUGCGUAUAAAAUAAAAAUUAAUAAAAAUAAAAUAAUAAAAAUCACUUUUAAAAUCUAUUUCUAUUUAAUUUUUUACCUACGUGACUUUACCGAAAAAACUAAGAGCAUGAAUCCUUGCAGUCACGAAAGCUUCAAAUCUAGAAUUGUGUAUUAAAGCCAGUCCACUCAAGACCCGAAGACAUCAUAAGACGAGACCAGCACCCUGGGGACCCUCAACCGAGGCUCUAGUAAGAGCCGGGUUGUAGCGGACCAGCGGUGGGACCAGUACCCUGGCGAGGUCGGGUCAGGCUAGCCUCCCCUAGCUCCCGUAGCGGAGGACCCGUGAGAACGUAGCCCUGAGUGUGUAGGGCCCCGCUAGAAGGUUAUCGGGUGAAGGGGCCCUACCCCCGUAGUGCUACAGGGACCGUACCCCGUAGUGUUACAGCUAUUGUUAUCUUUGAUCUGAAUAAACGCGUUGCCUCUAAGAAGACGUCUCUUCGAAGUUUGAGCCCACAACACACACGUGAUAAAAAUUCCUGUGCGUUUUGGUAUUUCUCGAAAUUUCAAGAUGUUACAACUUCAGUAGAAGUCGUAAAAAGGUUAAAUAUAAAAAAUGUACUUUCAUUGGAACACUGUUGCUAUUCAAAUGGAACCCAUUCUUCACGUGUCACCCGUCAUUGAAGGGAUAUAACGUUACACUUGUAUACGCAUUUGCACUUAAACAAGAGACACCCAGAGCCAGGAUUCGAACUCUGUCUCUCAGUGUCUCAGGCUCUGUGUCUCUUGGCGUGGCCACUGUGAAUCUCAAUAGAUGGAGACACCGAGACCCAGGGCUCGGACUCUGUCUCUCAGUGUCUCAGGCUCUGUGUCUCUUAACGUGGCCACUGUGGAUCUCAAUAGACGGAGACACCGAGACCCAGGGCUCGGACUCUCUCUCUCAGUGUCUCAGGCUCUGUGUCUCUUGACGUGGCCAUUGUGAAUCUCAAUAGACGGAGAAACACCGAGACCCAGGGCUCGGACUCUGUCUCUCAGUGUCUCAGGCUCUGUGUCUCUUGGCGUGGCCACUGUGGAUCUCAAUAGACGGAGACACCGAGACCCAGGGCUCGGACUCUGUCUCUCAGUGUCUCAGGCUCUGUGUCUCUUGGCGUGGCCACUGUGGAUUUUUAUAGACGGAGACACCGAGACCCAGGGCUCGAACUCAGUUACGCAGUGUCUCAGGCUCUGUGUCUCUUGGCGUGGCCACUGUGGAUUUUUAUAGACGGAGACACCGAGACCCAGGGCUCGAACUCAGUUACGCAGUGUCUCAGUCAUUGUGUCUCUUGGCGUGGCCACUGUGAAUCUCAAUAGACAGAGACACCCAGCCCCAGGUCUCGGACUCAGUCUGGCAGUGUCUCAGGAUCUGUAUCUCUUGACGUGGCCACUGUGGAUCUCAAUAGAGGGGAAACACCCAGAGCCAGGAUUCGAACUCUGUCUCUCAGUGUCUCAGGCUCUGUGUCUCUUGGCAUGGCCACUGUGGAUCUUAAUAGAUGGGAAACACCGAGACCCAGGGCUCGGACUCUGUCUCUCAGUGUCUCAGGCUCUGUGUCUCUUGACGUGGCCACUGUGAAUCUCAAUAGAUGGAGACACCGAGACCCAGGGCUCGAACUCAGUCUCUCAGUGUCUCAGGCUCUGUGUCUCUUGACGUGGCCAUUGUGAAUCUCAAUAGACGGAGAAACACCGAGACCCAGGGCUCGAACUCAGUCUCUCAGUGUCUCAGGCUCUGUUGCUCUUGACGUGGUCACUGUGGAUUUUAAUAGACGGAGACACCCAGAGCCAGGGCUCGAACCCAGACCAUGGACUCGUCACAGUGGUUCUCAGUCAUAAAGUACGCGGACUCGCUGGGGGUAUACGGCUUUGGUACGUACCAAAGCCGUAAUUAUGAUAAUUAUAAUAAAUAUUGGGGGGGGACACAUCCCCCCCCAAUAUUCAAAUAUGCUCAAAAUGCCC